CCGUUAGGAAUUUUAUAAGAUUCUUUGAGUUUGGAAGAAAAUGUCAUGGAUAAGAACGGCGGUUAGUAGAGCCGUGGAAGUAGGCGGGAAGAAUGCCCUGAGGCGCACCGUAUGGAGUGUCGCCGAUUCUGUCGUCUUCGGCGGUGCCAGGAUGAUCCAUAAGCGCAUUGCGGCGAAGAAAAUGCACAAUCUUCGAAUAACUGUAAAGAGACUUGAAGAAGUUUCGGUAUCAUGUAAAGGAGUUGAAAGGGUUCAACUUUUAAGACGAUGGCUGGUCGCCCUUAAAGAAAUCGACAGAUUAUUUAAUGAUCAAACUUAUAAAAAAGAUAUGAGUGAUGAUGAUAAUAACAUUACCAAAGAUAAUAACGAUGACGACAGCUGCGACACUACUGCUAAUGACAAAAACACUGUCGAUCAGUUUUCUUAUGAAGAGAUCAAGGGUUCAACCCAAAAGCCAACUUUGCUGUAUUACUAUGACCCUGAAAUCGGAGAACCAAUGAAUUUUCGAGAGGGUUUUCUGUAUAGUCAAGCUCUUGAAGGGAUGUCAUUGUCAAUGGUAAGUUCUCCAUGA